AUGCCUCGCAACGGAGAUGGUUCAUCACACAACGGCCCCUUUGAGGAGGCUGGCCACAACAUCGCUCACGGCGUGGGCGACGCCGGGACUGACAAGGUUGACCGCGCCGACAAGACGGCACCCAUGCCCGAACCCGAAAAGGGCGCUGGCCUCGAGGGCCUCAACGCGAGCGGCGGCCAGAGCCAAGGCAUUAAGAAGGGCGACAAUGUCGGCCAGGGCGGCUCGACCAAGGACUAA